AUGGCCGACAAGAUCAGAGAAAAGAAUCAAUAUGCACUUCUCAAGUCGAAAUAUCAAGGUAUAGGCAACGCAGACACCACCAGGUUAGAUUUCCAAACUACGGUGUAUAAUGAUACCAUUGCUUCAUUAGCUCAUCAUGAUCAUUUAUUGUUAUAUAACUCGAUAGCUAAGAAUCAACACCCGGCACUUUUGAAACAGGAGUUGAUUAAGAGGAUGAAACCUUUGCCUAGUGAAGGAACAAUGAAGACAACAAGAAAAGAACUAGAGAAUUGA